AUGGCGACACAAGACGGAUCAGCUCAGGCUCUCAAAACCUCACUUCCCACGACAUACGCUGCCAUCAAUGCCCAGCAACCCCCACCUUCAUAUUUACACCCUUCGGAAGAGGAGCAAGACAAAUACCUACAAGGUCGGCCCGGCGCAACUCAACAGCACCUGGAGAUCGCACUUCAACAUGCGCAGCAGAUUCAGAGUCAGAAAGAUGCCGAAGAUACCAUCCUAAACCGCAUCCUCGAUCUUCUCGAGCUCCCCUCCUCCUCGACAGCGGACCCUGCCAACCCAUCCCAAGAAGAUACCGUGAAAUUCAAAAUAUCACUAGCACCAUUCCGUCCCAGCGACUACGAUAAUCUGAUUUUGGAACGAAACUUCGAAGACUCCUGCGGGUAUGCCCUCUGUCCUCGGAAGCAUCGCAAGCAAAAGAACGGCCCAGGAGGCGGGUUUCAGUUUAAAUAUGGUCUCAAGGGAAGCGGCCCGGGCGGGCGCGGGCGCAGUGUGGAGAUCGUGCCCCAAGAUCAGAUUGAAAAAUGGUGCUCAGAUGCAUGUGCAGAGCGUGCUCUGUGGAUCCGCGUGCAGCUGUCCGAGAAACCUGUAUGGGAACGUCGGGCGGGUGAUACGCGGGGAGCCAGCAUUCUACUGCUGGAGGAAGCACGUGCCAAGCGUCUAAAGGCACCAGCAGCUACAAGCACAGUCACCUCUGUCGUGGAUGAUUUGCAGAAUAUGGGACUUGGCAAUACCGAUCGGUCCCGGGAGCUUGCAAUGGAACGUGGUGAUACCAGCUCGGUUCGCCCAGAUGGACGCGUUGACGUUCAUAUCAGGGAGCAUGUGCACGGUUCUCAGCAGGUUGCUGGUGCUCCGCAAAUGCGCCCGGAGUACGCAAAUGGUGGCUCCAUUGAAGGAUACGUGCCCAUGGAGCAACGACGCAAUCAUUCCGUAGAUCAAGAUGGAGACAUAGAUCUGCUCGAUCAGAUCUGA